AUGGAGUCUAGCAAACCCGUCGGGUUCGACGACAAAAAAUACCGCAAUGAAGUCCUCCUUCUCUUCUCCGAGGAUGAAGAACGAUCGCAAGAACAAUCAUUAGUGGAGGAGGCGCGCAAAUUAGGAUUAAAUGUUCCGGAAGUGGAAAUAGUGGCAUCACUGGCCGCAUCCAUUGCGUCCGGCAUGGUCGAUCUUUCCUCACCUAUUCUAUCCUCGGGCUCUUCGACCGAUCGCAAUUCCGCCUGUGAAGUCAUCCCCUCCAACGAGACAUCUCCUGCCGACCAGAUCGCAUCGUCGCUUUCCGAAUACACGCUGUCCCCCGACCCGACCAAAUGUGGGAGUACUCGCUCGAUCGCUUCGCUUUCCACACGGCCAACGUCUUACAGCUCGAGCGAAGGUAGACUAGCCCACGGCACGGACGGGUUCGCGUGGAGAUCACCCGGUCACCGGAACUCUUUAUUAAGCAUCGCCUCGAGUGAAAAGAAGGAGCGGAGGAAAUCAACCUUGAAGUCCGCAAUUGACAAAUUUCAUUUUCGGAAAAGGCGCGCCCCCUCCGCGGUUUUACUCCCUCCGGCGGCGCAGAUCUCGGUCGCAAAGGGAGAGGGAGGGAUUGACAAAUACUAUGUGGAAUCCAAGAUCGAUGACCCGCAGGGCAACGAGAGUGCGGAGGAAGAGAGUCAGGUACUAAAACUGGAGAUCCCGGUCUUUGAUAACGAAAGCCUUCGGCGGAGUCUCGAGAAUGCGGACCUGAGACAGAUGCGCGAGUCCCAGAAGAUGGAACGAAACCGCCAUAUUGCCUUUCAGGACGCUUGUAUGAGUCAACUUCGGCGCGACCACCAAAACAUUGUUGCCGAUCGGCUCACGGCAAAUAAGCUGUCGGAAGAAGAAAAGCGUGAGAAGAACGUUGCCGAUGCUACCCGCAUAGAAGAACGGCAACUCUCGGUGGAAAUGGACCAAGUACGUGAGUUUGAGCGAGCUAAGCUGAAUUCUCGGACUCGAAUAAAGUAUAUGGAAGGCUACUUCCACAAUGCGAGUCCUCCACCUUCACCCGGAUCCACGUCAGGAGCCGAAACACCGCCGGCUCGGAAGUUCACUUCUCAGCAAAAGGCCCAACUGGCUCAGGCAUACCACGACCAUGAUUCCAUGGACCGGCUGCACGAAGCCAAAAUCAAAGUACUACGGGACCGCCAAGAGAUUAAACUCCAAGAAGCUAUAGCUCGAAUGGACAAGGAGCUGUACGACUUGAUCGAUAAGCAUGCACUGGAAUUUGCCAACCUGCAACGAGAUCAUCAACUAGAAGAGGAAUCAGUUCUUCACAUCUUUAAUGCCAAGAAGACAAGGCUCCGCCAUCGAUGGAACCUAGAAGAAGCGAUCUUGCGCAAGAAGCUCGAAAUGGACCACGGCCAAGCUUACGGGCCACUCCCUCCACUCUCGUUCUCGGAGUCUCGUUAUGAGACGCGCGACUCAGCGAUUUCCGUUUCGGAAGAGAACCCAACAAGUGCAAGUAGUGAUGAGGAACGGGUGCACCGAAGGAGAGGUGAACCGCUACUAUAA